AUGGAAGGUACAAAGGUAGGCAGGGGACCUAGGCCGUUCAGAAGUCUGGACUCAUGGUUUACACAUGAGGGAUUUUUGAGGUUGGUGAAAAAUGAAUGGAGAAACUUGGGAGAUGCUCAGUUCACAUGUAAACUGAAGGCUUUAACAGUACCACUGAGGCAAUGGCACAAGGAUAAUUUUAGUGACAUGGAUAAAAGACUGCUGAGGUUUGAGGAGGAGAUCACGAAGCUUGACAAUCUAGUUAGCGACGGGAUCUAUGAUGGUACAACGGAGGCUAGAAGGAAAGCACUGGUGAGAUGUUGUGAAAAAUGGUACAUUUGGAAGGAAAUUCACUGGAAACAGUUGUCUAGGUCCCAGCAUGCUGCCAACAUGGAUAAGAAAACCAGAUACUUUCAUAACAUUGCCUCGGCCAGAAGAAGGAAUAAUAGGAUCGAUGCUUUGAUGAUUCAUGGACGACUUGUGCGAAAUCAGGCAAGAAUAAAAGGGGCAAUUAGGGGGUUCUAUAAGGAUCUGUAUCGACAAGAAUAUGCCCCAAGAAUUGGUAUUAGGGAUGGUUUGGUGAACCAGAUUUGGAACGCUGAGGAAGAAGCUUUAGAAGUUUUACCGUCUGCGGAGGAAAUCAAGGAGGCAGUGUGGGAUUGCGACUCUUCUAAGGCACCAGGGAGUGAUGGUUACAAUAUGAACUUCAUCAAGAAGUGCUAG